AUGGCCAAGAUCGACGCCCUACGUCGGUACCUCCUCCCAUGUUUCUUUCCCCCCACCGCAACAGCCACAGCCUCCUCCGCCGCCCCCAAGAAACGUCUAAGCACCUCGCUACGCGACGACGUUGAAACCACCACCAACGGCUAUCCAACCGACGACCAAGAUUCCCCAUCCACCACUCCCGACAGCGUCACACCAAAAUUCUGUACCGCCGCCACUGCCAUCGUGGCCCCACCACGGCCCUCGAAAACCAUGGUCAUCGGAACCAUCUUCGGCCACAGACGUGGCCACAUGUGGUUCUGCGUCCAACACGACCGGCUACGAACCAAACCGUUUCUCCUCCUCGAGUUACCGAUUCUGACUCACCAACUCGUCAACGAAAUGCGGUUCGGACUCGUCCGAAUCGCCCUUGAAUACAACGGCGUCGAACUCGGGUUUUGUCCUCUCCGCUCAAUCCCCAUUUGGGCAAUGUCCUGCAACGGCCGAAAACUCGGGUUCGCAGCCAGGAAAAAAAGCGGCGACCCGGUCCGGUCCAUGUUGAAGACAAUGCAAUCGACAACAGUCGGAGCCGGUGUAAUCCCAUCCGGAUUCGGGUCGGACUCAGAGGAGAUUAUGUACAUGAGAGCUAAUUAUGAGCACGUGGUGGGCAGCGCUGACUCGGAGUCGUUUCAUCUAAUCAACCCGGACGAGUACCCAGGUCAAGAACUCAGUAUCUUCUUACUCAGAUCUCGUAAUGGGUAA